AGUUGGUGAUCUGUCAGCGACCACACAAGACCUGCUUCACCUCACCUCACCCCUCUGUUCCUCUGCCCGGCCCAACCCUCGCCCCUCACCUCCCACGGAGGAAGAAGAAUCAUGGCCGGGGCUCGAACGCGGACCACCGGGGUUCUUGUGAUCCUCGCCCUGGUCUUCAUCGCCAUCAUCAUCAUCCUGUGCCUCCUGCCCUUAUCGACGCCUGCUGGAAGCCAAUACGCACAGAAUGCGAAAAGCAGGCCUUUGACGGGUGACGAUGUGUUGACCGACGAACCACCACCUACCACCACCACCACCACCACUACAAGAACAACUACUACUAGUACUACUGGUGCUACUACUACUACUGCUGCUACUACUACUACUACUGCUGCUGCUACUACUACUACUACUGCUGCUACUACUACUACUACUACUACCCCAACCCCCACCCUCACUACUACCACUACCACUCCUCCUGCUACUUCCACACAGCCAUCAACACCUUCAACCACUCCAUCAACCACCAGCACUCAACCACCUCCACCACUACCAACAACAACCACAUCAUCAACAGUACCCUCUUCCACCACUAAAACCACUACAACAACUACAACACCUGCUGUAUAUACCGAAUCGGGGGCCACCAACACCACAACACAAAGUAGAGAAACAACCACAACAGCCACUGAACGAACUCCGGUCCAAAUGCAUUCAACAACACUAACAACAACAGCAACAACAGCAGUAACAACACCUAUAAGUUCAACCACUGAAUCGUCUGCUACAACACUACCACCACUACUAACAACAUCACCCACUACAACCACAACACAAGAGACAACCACUACUCCAACUACCACUACACCACCUCCUCCCCCUCCUACGUCCACUACUACAGCUACCACUACAACUACUACUGCUACUACACCACCUCCUCCCCCUCCUACGUCCACUACCACAGCUACCACUACAACUACUACCACUUCAACAGACUCCUCUAACAGUACAUUAGAGUCCACAUCACCCCUUACCAACACUCAGACCAGCUCAGCACCUCUCAGCACCACAUCCCCCUCAGCAGAAGCCUUGACUACCAUCCCAGCUACCACCUCAGACCUCAGCAGUACCUCCAUGGACUUGACCUCCACUUCGUCUUCAUCCACUCCGUCCUCCUCCUCCACAUCCUCGUCUUCCAUGACCUCCCCACAGCCUGAACCCCCAGUCACUGCUGCCGCCUGUCCCACUCCUGCGACCUCUUCAGAAUCCGAGGAUGUGUGCAUGUCACCUGCCUGCAAGACCCUGGCGGCGCGCAUCCUGGACCUGAUGGACCAUUCUGGGACCAGCCCGUGCGAGGACUUCUAUCAGUACGCAUGUGGCGGGGUGACCGAUGACCUCUUCCUUGCACCCGAGAGCCAGCUUAUGGUGACACGACACCUGAUUCUGGAUCUCAUCAAGGGCCUGUCGGAGGAUGACCCCCAGCUGGGCGUCCUCAAAGUGUUCUACAACAGCUGCACCUCGGCCGAGACGGAGAGCCGCAACACAAGCACCUGGCUGGCCCAAGUCAAAGCUGUUUUUGAUGCCGUGUAUAGCCCCUCUGACCCCAACACGCCAGGUAGCUCCGGGCACGUGUUAGACUCGAACGUCAACAUCACCAGGAUCUUAAUCGGGAUGAUGAAGAUUCACUUCGCUCCGUUUUUCGACCUGCUGCUGGAUGUGUCAGAUGACGGUGCUGACGAGUUUGUGCUGAUGCUGACUCCCCCGGUGCUGCUGUCCCCCUUCAGUGAGAACCUGGGAAGGGCUGUGUGUUAUGGGGAGCACCUCAGCAGAAUGGACGAGGCUCUUCACUCAAAUUCCUCCUCGUAUGACGUGAACAAUGAUUAUGAAAAUUACUGCGAAUGUAUGGGGAGAGGCAAGGGUCUGCAGGUCAGGCUACUUCAGAUGCGCCAGGCCGUGGAGGGGCUGGGUCUGAUGCACCACUUCAAUUACACCAGCCUUAAGCCUGAAGGGCUGUUCGUUGAUAACCUGAUGGACACAGAGUUUCUCCUUGGGGACCUGUACAAUAUUCUGCCCAGAAAACCUGACCUUCGAGACGGACAUCUCAAAAAGAAUUAUAAGAAGGUUCCGUUGUCAUAUAUUGAGCAGAAGUUUAUGUUUCCCAAUUUCAAGGUGGAGUGGGUGAUACUGGUGGAGGCGCUGCUGGGCCGCCCUGUUGACCCGGCUACCACCAUUGUCCACCUCUACUUUGAGAGGGAACUGCUCGCUGCAUUUGAGGAAAUUGACUUUAAAGAACCUGCUCAGCUGCAACGCAUCCUUCUCCUGCUGCUGGCUGAGAGGCUCUAUACUGACUUGGUGGAGCCAGCGCAGCAUGGCCUUGGGAAGCCUGAGUACUGCCUGCAGACCAGCACAAAGCUGCUGGGGGACCUCGUCUCCUCCCUCUACGUGAGUGGCCUGCCUCGCAUCCAGGAACGGCAGGAGAAGAUUGAAAAGAUGAUGGAGGCCACCAAGGAGGCAGCCGAGAAGGAGCUGAAGAGCCAGCCCAACCUGCAGGGGGAAAAAGCUGCCUCAUGGCUGAAGAAGCUGAGGGACAUGAGCGGGGAGGUGGCGAGUCAUGACCCUUCACUGUACUCACCCCGUGACUUGAAUAAGCUGGAUUUGAGUGAAAACUUCGUGGACAACUGCAUGAUUUUGCUGACACGUUACCGCUCCCACAUGUACCAGCAGUACCAGGACCGCCCCUCAUCCCCAAGCAUCCUGUGGAGUCACUUCCUGAAGCCCUUCAACUUUGCAGGCAUCUCACUGUAUGCCUCCAAUAAGUUUUUAAUGCCCUACGCUGCCAUGGAGGCUCCACUCUUCUUCUGGGACGUGCCGGACUACAUCAACUAUGCCGGUGUGGGCCACAUGAUCGCCCAUGAAGUAAUGCACGGCUUUGAUGGCACAGGAUCACUUUACAACGGGACUCACCGGCAUCAGCUGGACAACCUUGACCACUUUGUCAAUGUGUCGGAGUGCCUGGCAUUCCAGUACCGGUCGCCCCAGAGCCUAACGGCAGCCUCGGGCCUGACAGCAAAUUUUACGCUGGGGAGGCUUCCUCUCAAUGAAUUUCUGGCUGACUCUGGCGCAGCAAGACUCGCCUGGGAGGCCUAUGAGCACUCGCUGCUGCCACGGCGAGGGAAGGGAGCUCCCGCCACCUCUGCCACCCCUGAGCCACAGCUGCCUUGGCUGGACCUCAACCCUCUGCAACUCUAUUUCCUGCGCAUUGCUCAGAAGCACUGCACCCCCACCAGCGACACCCACAUGCUGGCCAUCAUGGAGAACGAACACCUGCCGGCCAAGCUGAGGAUCAACUUGGUGCUGCAAAACGAGCCGCUCUUUACCGAAGCAUUCAGUUGCCCUGCCCCAGCCUACCAGUGUCCCUAUGUCCUGGGCUAGCUCUCGGGGACCUCCUCGUGUGAGCUGCCUGGUUGCCCUCCUGCUCUGGACUGGGUAUGAAUGAUUUAUCGGUGAAUGUGAGACCUUUUGUGUAUGUAGAGAAUUGUAGAUCAUGUUGGUAUCUAAAAUAGUUGCUUUGUUCACUCAUUUAUCACGUAUUAAAUGUACAGCAAUGAGACUUCCAGGGGUGGGGGUGCUGGUGGCCCAGAAACUUCUCUCCGUUAAGGUCGUGUUAGUUGUACUUGUCCCAUAGCACGGUAGCCCCACCACCACUGCAAUGCCCGUUCCCUUCAUUUCCCCUACCUUCCUGGCAUUCAGUGAAGAUGAUGUGAAAUAGUGCCCAGAUUUGAUAAACUUCCCUUGGUGGUUUGUGUCGCCCCACCAGACCCCCCAACCAUAGUGGCUUGCUGUGCUCAUCAGGAUGUCUCAUUGACUUAGAAAUCACCCAGUUCAUUUGGUGGGUGUGGUGCCACUCUUCUUGUGCAUGCAGACCAAGUGUAGAAGUUUGAAAUGGUUGGUGUGUUUGGGCACUGUCUCAACCCAUGUCAUGUGUUAUGCAUAAGAAGAGGAGUGGUAAUAAUAGUCGUACUUGUAGGAGACAAAUGCAUAGAUAUUUUGUGUUUGUAAUCGACGUGGUAUAAAAUGAUUGCUGUUUUCAGUGUAUCAUCCUAGUUCAUGUUUUGUAUUAAGAUAUUCCGUUGCAGUUAUUGCUCAUAUCAGGAAAAUAGAAAAUAAGUUCUCAGAAAUAUUUAUUUAGGUGUAAAUCUGUCAAAAUAAAGUAUGAAAAUUAAA